AUGGCAGCUGAUUUCUUGAAGAGAAUAAAGCGCAAUUCACCUGCGGACACACUGAAGAGUGGUGGCACUGGCACCGGCACUGGUUCUAGAUCAGGUGGAGAGCAAAAGAGGAGGGGAAAUGGUGGUAAGGAAAUUUUCGUGUUCACAGCUUUUACACAUGACAUGAAAACGCACAUUACACAACUCACAAAGUACUUACAGGACAUGCGCUCCAAAAGGCAGGACAAAGGAAUAGGAACAAGCCAGAGCCUCUCAAAGUAUAAGUCAGUAUCCUCCAAGUUGAUUGGAGCCGUUGAUCCAAGAAACGUUUUGGAGGAAGCUCAUGAAAAGAAUAAGGAGAAGAUUGGACUACAAGGCUCAUCAACCGCUUGCAUCCUCAGCUUCAACAAAGAGAGCGGAGUCUUGCAUGUUGUGAACGUUGGGGACAGCGGGCUCAUGCUAUUUAGGGACAACAAGCUUCUGUACCAAUCUCCGAUUCAGCAGCGCAUGUUCAACUUUACGUAUCGGUUGGGGAACGGCAUCAACAGCGAUAGUCCUGAUUCCGCUUGGGAGAAAAAGGAUAUUCAGACAGUCCAGGGGGACAUCAUAUAG